AUGCUCGUUUUUCUUUAUACAUCUUUCCUCUUGACAAUUCCUCUCUUCGCUCAAGAGACGUAUAAUUGUGUGCCAUUUCAGACUAAUUUCGACUCGCCUGAAACGGUAUCCAACAUCAACGAUGUUAAUCCGUUUUCGUCGCCAUUCAUCGCACUUUCACCUCCAGAGAGUUAUGCAACAUCGUCCGAUAGAGGCUUAACUCUCAGAUUACUACCGCCUGAUGGCGGAGCGAGAAGGAAUGGGUCUGUAAAUGACAAGCUUGGGAUCGGUGCAACGGUCAACUCCACAUUUAUCAUAGGGCGAGGAAGCAUAACUACUUUUGAGAUGGAAUCCGCCCAACAAGCUGGAUCCAUUGUUGCGGCUAUCUGGACUGAUUCGAACGACAACUUGAACGACGCAGUCCGCCGGGAUGAAAUCGACUGGGAGCUCAUAUCUGCCGACCAGGAAGCCUAUCAAACGAACUUUUACGCGCCAACUGAAAACGAUCCUUCGCCUCACUAUGGCAUUUUCGGCGAGAGGCAUCGUACCCAGAACGGAUCAACCAUAUCAGAAACUCACCAAUACUCCAUACUGCUUGCCGAAGACAGGAUCGAGUGGGCUGUUGAUGGGAUCAUUGUCAGGACACAUAGCAAGGAAAACUCUUACAUCGACGGUGCUUUGUGGUGGCCGCGCCAUAACUUUGUUGUGUCCUUGGGAAUCUGGGAUGGGAGUGGUGCAAAGGGUACAUCACACUGGGCCAAAGGCCCGAUUAUGUGGGAUGAGGUAGUCGAGCCUAUAGAAGUAUUCGUGAAGAUGGUCAAAGUCGAAUGCAUCUGA